CGCGAGCAAGCGAGCGGCCGCUCCUUCCUUCGUUCCUCCCUUCCCUCCCUCACUCUCGCGUUUUCCUCACGGCGAGGGGUGCGCGGACGGGGCGCCCCACCGUCCCAGGAAGGCCCUUCCAAGGGAGGAGGAGGAGGAGAGGGGAGCCUCCCCCGCCGGCCUAGCUCCCGCCCGCCUUUCUUUGUCUCUCAGCCAAAGGGGAAGACCUCCUUUUUUUUAUUUCCCCUCCUUCUCCUCUUUCUUCCCCCUUCUGCAGCUCUUCAUCCAUCCAUACCUCCUUCCCGUUGGGUUAAUUGCCACUUUGCUGCUGCACAGUUACUCGCUGACAUCCCAACCCGCCCCCCUCCACCCCAAUACAUACACUUUUCUUCCUCAGGUGCCUUUCACUUCUCUCUCUCUCACGCCCACCAUUUGAGAAUAUUUCUUAUUUGCUUACUUAUGCAUUAUUGAUGGAUCGAUUUAGGUUUCUAUGCUGCCCUUCGCGUAAGGAUCGCAGGGCGGUUUGUGAUACAGAAACAUGAAAACGCGCAAGAAGCAAAAACUAUAGCCGCGUACACACACGCACCACAGUUUAAAUGGCCAUAGGUUGUAUAAUUAGCCAAUGGCCCCGAGGAAAGAGGAACAUGUUUGCCCGGCGCCUAAAGGUAGGUAACGAAGGGUGCCAGGCGAGCCUCCCUGGAGACAGCAUUUCACAAGCAGGGAGCCACUAAAGAAAAGGCCCGUUCCUGUGUUAUGGCCUUACGGACAUCAAUUGCAGGGUCCAGGUUGAUUCAUAAGGGGAGAGGCAGUUCUUCCUCCUCCUACCUCUCUCCUUGUUACAGUGUGGCACUCUUUCCCUCACCCAGUGGUAUUUUUCUAGGAAAAGAGGUGCUGGACUUAACCACAAACACCUCCCUCGUUCUCUUAGAAUGCCAAUGGCACUCCCUGAGAGGUGGCAGAACUGAGUUCCGAUGAGUUCCAGCUGAAAAAAAGUCAUGCCUCCCACUUCAUUCUUUAAAAAAAACAAACCCAUUCUUGUAUAGGAAUUAGGUUGCCUCACAUUUAAAAUAAAGAAAUGCCACCUCCCGUUCUCCUUGGGUCAGGCAUGUCAAACCUGCGGCCCUCCAGAUGUUUUGGACUACAAUUCCCAUCUUCCCCAACCACUGGUCCUGCUAGCUAGGGAUCAUGGGAGUUGUAGGCCAAAACAUCUGGAGGGCCGCAGGUUUGACAUGCCUGCCUUGGGUGAUAUUAUGGUUGUAGAUGAAAACCUAGGGUUACCUAAUUUGUUCCCUCUGAACCUUGCUGGACUUCCAGCUCCCACCAAGACAACCAGUGACUGGGGUGGUUGGAAUUGUAGUCCUACAACAUCUGAACAAACCGCGGUGGCCAUCCUUGACCUAGGCCAAGCAAAGGCAAACUCAGCCCUCCAGAUGUUUUGGGACCACAACUCCCAUCAUCCCUAGGUAACAGGACCAGUUGUCAGGGAUGAUGGGAGUUGGUCCCAAACCAUCUGGCAGGCUGAGUUUGCCUAUGCCUGACCUGGGCUGAUAUGUAUGUUUUUCCAUUCUGUUGAGGCUUAUUUAAACUUCUCCUUUUUCUGUCUCCAAAAAAAAAAAUCUGGACUUGAAAGGUUUGGCUCUGCACUUCAGGAGUGUCCAUCAGAAUCAGCCAUUCAACAGGAGCAAGCACAUUUGACUUCCUCUCUAAACAUUGUGUAUCAAUUUUGCCUAGGCUCCAUCCUGUGCACACUUUAUGGGGAAAUAAAGUUCAAUAAAUUGAACUCAAAGAACCUCGUCUGAUUAAACAUGGCACAAGAUAAGGUUGCACAUCUGCUAAGCAGUAAGGCUUGCCACAUUUCACUUAGAAGGACUAAACAGAGCUGGAAAGUCUUGCGAAUUGUUACCUAGAUCUCAGGGCAAAGGCUGCCAGAGGUGGAAGAGGUGGAUUGGUUCCUGGUCAUGCCCGGUGGAAGGAGGGGACCCAGUCGGCAGCAGCUAAGCCGUUCAGCUUUGCCUUCUCUCCAGACCUUGGUUGGUGGGAACUGUGGCAACGGCACUAGUCUAAGAAACAGGAAUGGUAGUGCUAUCAGCCUCUCUGCUCCUCCAAUUACAGCCUUGAUCACCCCUGAGCCUGUGCGACACUGCCGAAUCCCUGAGCUGCCUGUAGACGGGAACCUUCUGUUUGAGUUCUUCUUUUUCAUCUACCUGCUGGUGGCCCUCUUUAUUCAGUAUAUUAAUAUCUAUAAGACCGUGUGGUGGUACCCAUACAACCACCCUGCCUCCUGUACGUCACUGAACUUUCACCUCAUUGAUUACCAUCUGGCAGCAUUUAUCACAGUGAUGCUGGCGCGGAGGCUGGUAUGGGCCCUCAUCUCUGAGGCCUCUCAGGUGGGAACUACGUCAGUGAUUCACUACACGGCACUGAUUUUGGCACGCCUGGUGCUGCUCACCUUGUGUGGAUGGGUGCUCUGCUGGACUCUAGUUAACCUCUUCCGUAGCCAUUCUGUUCUGAAUCUCCUCUUUCUUGGCUACCCGUUUGGUGUCUAUGUCCCACUGUGCUGCUUCCACCAAGACAGCAGAACACAGCCUCUUCCCACAGACUGUGGCUAUUUGGUGCAGGAUCAGCUGGUAGAUUCUGGUGCCACGGGGGUUGGCAGCCUCGUCAAGCCCAAAGACUUCCUCUCUCUCCUGAGAGAGUCCCUGAAAGAACAGUUCAACAACCCAGUGCCCAUCCCCACGCACAGCUGCCCCUUGUCUCCAGACCUCAUUCGCAAUGAGGUGGAAUGCCUGAAAGCAGACUUCAACCGCAGAAUCAAGGAGGUUCUGUUCAACUCCCUCUUCAGUGCCUAUUACGUGGCAUUCCUGCCACUGUGCUUUGUGAAGAGCACACAGUACUAUGACAUGCGCUGGUCCUGUGAACACCUCAUCAUGGUGUGGAUCAACGCCUUUGUCAUGCUCACCACCCAACUGCUUCCCCCCAAGUAUUGUGACUUGCUACACAGAUCAGCUGCCCACCUGGGCAAGUGGCAGAAGCUGGAACAUGGUUCAUACAGUAAUGCCCCCCAGCACAUCUGGUCUGAAAGCACAAUAUGGCCACAGGGGGUGCUAGUGCGACAUAGUCGGUGCCUAUACAAAGCAGUCGGGCCUUAUAACGUAGCAGUGCCUUCAGAUGUGUCCCACGCGCGCUUUUAUUUCCUCUUUCACCGUCCAUUACGGCUUCUCAACCUGCUGAUUCUCAUUGAAGGCAGCGUGGUCUGCUAUCAGCUCUACUCCCUGUUGCGGUCAGAGAAGUGGAACCAUACCCUUUCCAUGGCCCUGAUCCUCUUCUGCAAUUACUAUGUCUUAUUUAAACUUCUGCGGGACCGUAUAGUGUUGGGCAGGGCAUACUCAUAUCCUCUGAACAGCUACGGAUUAAAAGCCCAUUAAUCACCUUGAAGAAGGGAAGGAUAUUUUCAUACAGUUCUAUUUUUUCCUUGCAACUGUUUAUAAAUAUUUAAAAAAAUAUUUUAUAUUUUGUAUACUGCUGGUUUUUUUGUGUGGGUUAAGGAAGGGCCAAGUGGCAAUUAAAUGUCGCUAUAUAAACAAGGUGUUAUUUUAUAUAAAGCAAUCAUUGUGUAUAUACUGUAUUAUCAACAUACAUCUAUGAAGCAAGAGCUUUGUAUGUGUGGUCACUCCAUCUACUUUGCAUGCACAGGCUUAGUGUCCCUGCCCCCCCCCUUUCCCUCUUACCACUUCUGUUCUUGCAGCUCAGCUGAAGCAUGCAGCUUGUGGUUUUGCCUACCCAAAAACCCGACUCUGAGAAUGAGACCGCUAGAAGCCUAGACUUGUGGACUACCUCAAAACAGCAGAAUGAAAAGUAUUCCGCAUCUUCUUGCGAGGAAGGCAAGGUGGAUUUUUUUGUACUCUGCACCUGCCCUAAUCUGAAACCACAUGUGCACUUCAUGGGAUCUAUGAAGUGAGAAAGCAGCAGAGGUAGAGAGGGUUCAAUACCAGGUGAAUAGAAGGGGAAAGAACUGCAGCAACCCCACCCCCCACCCCUGCCACACGAUUGCUUUUUACAGCUACUUCCAAAGCUUGCCUAUACAGUAUAUAGUUUAAAUGCAAGCAGUAAGGUAUAUAUAUCCAAUAUAAGCAGCAGGGUUCAAUGCACUAAGGUGUAGACACACAUUCAACCCACUGUAGAACGCCUGGGAGUUAAAAGGGUUGGUGGCUAAGGCCCUUGCAGGCUAGCCCUCACCCUAACAGAACUGACAAGUCCAGGUUGUUCCUUCACCCAUGGAAAUGAGUGAAUGAAUGACAACUACAUGUGAGAAACUAAAGAUCAGGAUGGGAGUGGGUACUAAGCUUGGCCCUUUCCCUUGGUACUGCUAGUCCCAGCCUGCACCAAUUUCAUUUGAACCGCACUGAACCUAAUAGGACCAGGUUUGAUUUCAGGUGUUUAAUUUGAAAUGUAAAAUUUGAAAUUUUAAUAAAAAUUAUUAAUGAAAAGAAAGAAGGAAGGAAACAACCAACAAGGAAUGCACCCCUGCAUUUUGGGGGUGUGACACUUGAGUCACGUUACAGUGGUGCUGUCUUUAGCUCAAAACUACUGCGCAACCGAAGAGGCAGGUAAAAAAUUGUUUUUAAAAUAUACGUUGAUUUCUACCAGAGCGGAACCAGGAAGUUUUGACGUGAUCAGAAAAUGGCAUCUCUAUGCUGCACGGGUGGCGCUGUGGGUUAAACCACUGAGCCUAGGGCUUGCCGAUCAGGUGGUCAGCGGUUCGAAUCCCUGCGACGGGGUGAGCUCCCGUUGCUCGGUCUCAGCUCCUGCCCACCUAGCAGUUCGAAAGCACGUCAAAGUGCAAGUAGAUAAAUAGGGACCGCUCCGGCAGGAAGGUAAACGGCAUUUCCGUGUGCUGUUCUGGUUCGCCAGAAGCGGCUUAGUCAUGCCGGCCACAUGACCUGGAAGCUGU